AUGUAUAAGUAUUUUAUCUUAAAAGAUUUACAAUACUACAACUGCAUGUUGACUGCGUAUUUGAUGACAGAAUAUGUUGCAAUGAUUGGGAAACGAAUGAAAGAUUUGAAUAAUCACUUAAAAAUGUCUAUGAAUAAGAAUAAAGAUGAAUUAUUCACCAUGGAAACGAAUCAAUUGGCAAUGAGCAGAAGUAAAAUUGAUAUUAAUACAAUAUCGAAAGCUUUCACCACAAUCAGUGAAUUAAUCAACACAUAUAAUGAAAUAUUUGGAUAUUUAUACAUUAUUUAUAGUUGUAAUAUAGUAACGAAUAUUUUAUCACCUUUAAACAUGGCGUUGUUGCACGCACGCGGUAUAACACUACAUGAGGAGAUGUCUUUUGGACCGGAAAUAGUUGUAUUCUUUCUGGUUUGGUUAUUAUUUCCAAUUUUUAGUGGAUUCAGACUGUUUGCAACAUGUGGAAGUGUUGAAUUCGAAACUGGGAAAGUACCACAGAUAUGCUACACGUUAAUAAAACAUCUUAAACAUGACGAGUUUAAACUCCGAGAUGAAUUAGAGCGUUAUGCGAAUCAAGCUGAUCGAUUAAAAUCAAAAUUCUCAGCAUCCGGUUAUUUCGACGUAAAUUACGGUUUAAUUUUACCUAUUUUAGGAUCUGCAGUUACUUAUACUAUAGUUCUAAUGCAGUUCCAUACAUUAACUGAAAAUUAG